UUUGGUGAGCAGGCUGAGUUCGCUGUGACAAUGAGCUACGACCGAGCUAUUACCGUCUUCUCCCCGGACGGACAUCUCUUCCAGGUGGAAUACGCCCAGGAGGCCGUGAAGAAAGGCUCCACGGCGGUCGGGGUACGAGGAAAGGAGAUUGUGGUGCUCGGAGUGGAGAAGAAAUCUGUGGCCAAACUUCAGGAUGAGAGGACAGUGCGUAAAAUCUGCGCUCUGGAUGACAAUGUCUUCAUGGCCUUUGCUGGUCUCACAGCCGAUGCACGAAUAGUUAUAAAUCGGGCACGGGUGGAGUGUCAGAGCCACAGACUGACAGUAGAAGACCCCGUGACCGUGGAGUACAUCACACGAUACAUUGCCAGUCUGAAACAGCGCUACACUCAGAGCAAUGGUCGCCGACCUUUUGGUAUAUCCGCUCUCAUUGUUGGCUUUGAUUUUGACGGCACCCCUCGUCUCUACCAGACAGAUCCUUCAGGCACUUACCAUGCAUGGAAAGCCAAUGCUAUCGGCAGAGGGGCCAAGUCUGUACGGGAGUUCCUGGAGAAACACUACACGGAUGAAGCUAUCGAGACAGAUGAUCUGACCAUUAAACUGGUCAUUAAGGCACUUCUGGAAGUUGUUCAGUCUGGAGGCAAAAACAUUGAACUAGCGGUUAUGAGGCGAGACCAGCCAUUAAAGAUCCUAAGUCCAGAAGAGAUUGAGAGGUAUGUGGCAGAGAUUGAAAAAGAGAAGGAAGAAAAUGAAAAGAAAAAACAGAAGAAGACUACUUAA